GCCCACCCUAUUAUUUAUUCACAGCUCACCACAAAAGAGCUUAGCCCACUGCCUAUCCACCUACGAACAAUCGGCUUAAUUAUGUCUCCCUGUUGCAAUUUGCCAAUAGUCGAAGAACAAAAGAACGGGAGAACGCAGAGUCACAGAACGCUACCUCGCGAUUCGCGAAGCCGAGAAGCCGAGUCGUCACCGAGAACAGAGAACGCAAAACGCUACCUCGUGAAGCCACCAGCCAAGCCUUGUUCCGGCGACCGCCGUCCACACUGUGCUUCCGCCGUCCACCAUCCACGCCGACACGCCGUGCUCGGUGCUUCUCUCUGGCUCUGCCUCCAAGCUCCAGCUAUGGCGCAGGUCACUAGGAUAUAAUGAAUAACUGAAAGAUGAAGAAGCAGAUAAGCAUUUACUCUCAUUUUAAGAGAAAAACUGUGGAUUCGAGUUGUAGUCCGAGUAAUCCGAUCGAUGCGGAAACUGCAAAUGUGGAAGUUACUAAUACUUCCAAAUAUUUGGGUUGUUCUAGUCUUUUAUUUGAUAUCAAGAAUCUAGAACGUGAUUCCGGAAAACGUCCUCAGAUAUGGGAAUAUCCUGUUAAUCAAAGAGAUGAAGUUAUUCGAGCAUAUUUGGAGAUGGGGCCAUAUCAAAUACAUUUGGGAAAGUAUCUCCUAUCCGAUGAGAAGCGUCCUCGAAGAUUUCAAUUUUCAGUUUUAUUAGGAUGUUUGCUGCAACUUGUUCUGUUUUAGAAGAUGUUGAAGAGAAUGGUAAUAACUAUUCUACUCGUGGAAAUGCAGUUGGAGCACUUAAGAAGAUUAAAUCUUUUGAUUUUGUUUUCUUGUUGCAUCUUAUUAAAGAAAUUAUGGGCAUUACAGAUCUUUUAUGUCAGCAUCUACAAUAGAAGACCCAAGACAUAGUAAAUGCUAUGCAUUUGGUGUCAAGCACCAAAAUGUUGAUCCAAAAGUUAAGGGAAGGUGGAUGGGAUAACUUCUUAGAAAUUGUUAAAGAGUUUUGCAAAAAGUAUGAUAUUGAAGUUCCUAAUAUGAAGUCUCUUUAUGUGGUAAAACGCAAACGCAAUGAUCAAGAAGGGUUUGAUAUUGAACGUCACUAUCGGGUUGAUAUGUUUUACGCAGCCAUAGAUUCACAAUUGUUGGAGCUGAAUAGCAGAUUCAGUGAACAGAUAAUGGAUCUUCUUACUCUUAGCUGUGCUUUGGAUCCUAAGGACUCAUAUAAGUCCUUUAACAUUGAUGAUAUAUGUUCUUAAGUGGAUAAAUACUACCCCUUUGAUUUUAUUGAGCAGGAAAAGGUAAGCUUGAGCUUUCAAUUGCAGCAUUACAAGUUAAAUGUUCUAAAUCAUCCGAAGUUGGCGAAUUUGUCUACAAUGGGUAAACUUUGUCAAGGAUUAGCGGAGACGGGGAUGUCAAAAGUGUACUUUCUUCUUGAUAGAUUGGUCCGACUUUUGUUGACUCUACCUGUAUCGACAGCAACAACAGAAAGGGCUUUCCAGCAAUGAAAAUUAUAAAAACAAGGUUUCACAAUAAAAUGGAGGAUGAGUAUUGAUGGAGUAUAUGCGCCUGGACCCCAGGGCCCACAUACUCAGGAGAACAGAAGGUACCACGAUCACCUGGUGGGACCCUCAUCGGCCAGAUGACCCCCAUCGGCCAGAAAGAAGUCUACUCAGAAUAUAGCCCAAAAGCACGGAGAGUCGGGUGACCUCAUCGGCCGGGUCUUCGUCGGGCAUGCCCUCGUCGCCGUACCCUCGUCGGCCAGAAAUAGCCUCUAGAACAAGAUUUUGUACUUAAUCAUUUCUAUACACUUUGUAUCCGGCCCAUUAGUGUCCCUAUUGUAAAUGGGCUUCCCAAGCCCAAGACUUGGGAGUUCAGCCCUAAUUUUCUCUAUAAAUACUCCCCUUGGGAGUAGUUAUAGGGGUUAACAAAUCAUUUAUUACAAAGAGUUAUUGCACUUCUCUCUCUA